AAUUUUAGCAGUCGCUUCGGACGGAUUGGUUCAAAAGGACUGUAGAUUAUUAAAAAGAUGAAUACCAGAGAUUUAUCCUCCCGAAGAUGCAUCCAUGGCCAAUCGUUAUUCCGGCGGCAGCAAUCCUGCACACACAUCGCCCUAGGGAGCCGCCAUAGGUCCCUACAGCCAGUUUCAACACAGGAUGUGGGCUUUCCCUACUCGAAUGAAUUUGUUCUUGAAGACGGCAAGGUUGUCGAUGCGGCCACCGUCGUGAGACUUUUAGCGCCCUUUGCUUUGGAAGAACGUGUUCAAAGGAUUGAGAGCGUUGUCCAAAAUCGCACGUUUUCAGUGCUACCAAUCGUUGAGGGUCUGUACGACAUGGGUAACCUGGCGGCAGUUUGUCGUACAGCGGAUGCUUUGGGCUAUGGCGCCGUACACUGCAUCAACAGGGGGGACGUCAAGUACAAGGUGUCGCAACGCACAGCUGCGGGGGCGGAUAAGUGGCUGGACGUGAAGAUGUGGGACAGCACUGCUGAGUGCCUGGCUGCAGUGCGGUCCGCAGGUUACCAAAUCAUCACGACGCAUCUCUCUCAGAGCGCCAUAACGAUAGAGGAGGUGGACUGGACUCGUCCCACGGCGUUCAUCCUGGGGAAUGAAAAGUUUGGUGUGAGCGAGGAGGCGGUAGCAGCGGCGGACGCGUGCGCCAUCAUCCCCAUGACCGGCAUGGUGGAAUCCUUCAACAUAUCCGUAGCGUCCGCGCUUAUCAUGUACGAGGCACGGCAGCAACGAUUGCGGAGGAUGGGCACACAUGCGGACCUUAGCGGAGAGGAGCGAAUGGCGCUCAAGGCCGUCAUGCUUAGCAAGACAGUGAAGGAGAGCAAGACGGUGCUUUCGGAGCUGCUCAGCAGACCGCCGCCGCGCUGGCAGGCUGCUGCUGUGAGGGCGACAGCCAAGCAGGCGUCACUGUACGAAGAGGCUGUCGCGGCGCGCACUGCGAAAGCAGCGGGCAGGUGAUGCACGAACACGCCGGAAAUUGUCUACUCAAGACUUAAGACUCACCUUUUGCAGCGAUGAACUGCAACCAUAUCCAGGUGCUAGCCACCUUUUGCUCUGACGAUCAUGAGCAUCAUUAGGAUGAUGGGUGGUUAACAAGGAGACAUGGCUUUGCCCCUCAGUCGGCAACUGCCGCCACGGUUGGCAAAUGUGUGCGAAGAGGUGGUGGCAAAGUGAGCGGAACGCUGUGCGACGCGGCUGAUUGCCAUAUCCAGGGCAGUAGGGAUAGUUUCGCAGUUUUGGAAGUACUUUGAGCGAGUUAGUUUUAGUUGAGCGAGUUAGGUGUAGUUGAGCGUUAGUGAUCAACAACGUGUGAGAUGGUAAACGCUAAUUAUACCUGCUGACUGACUGUUCCGACAAUUAAAAUAAUAUCUUCUUGUGGUAUUUAUAUGUGCAUGUCUGUAGUAAUUCAGCUGGAGAAUGCCAAACGGCGGCAUGGGGUACAUAAUGAAUUUUCCUUGCAGCGGGGAUCGUGCUGUGCACGUUUGUAGAUUCCUUGUGACAAGAUUGGCAGU